AAGAAAAACUGUCCCGGCUCAGGGGAAAAGAGCAAAUAUAAAAUCCUUCUCUUACAGUCUGUCUGGAAAACCUGCAAGAUAGUAAGGGAGCCUCUGCCAUGGCCGCAAAGCAGCGCAAAAUCCUAAUGGAGCUGAAACAGGAGCAGGCAGAAAUCCAGCACCUGCAAAACAUCUACAGGGCAGCCCAUCAAGAAAGAAAGCUUUUAUUAAAGCAGCAAAGAGAAAUCUUAAUAAUGCGGCAUUCAACAGCACAACUCCAGGAAAAGCUGCAUAACUUGGCUGGGAAGCAAGAGCUUAGAAGGAGCCCAGCAACUGAAGAAGCAAUAAAGCUGAAGACAACGAGACUUAUUUCUAGCCCAAAGUUAUAUUCCUCUUCAGCAGAGUCUACAGCCCACCCAGAAAGGCCUGAUCUGUCAGGGAACAGAGAGAGUUGCAUCCAGCUAAAGAAUAAACAAAGCAAGAAAUGUGAGGGCUUUUCUACUGAGAACAGGAAAACACCGGUACAACACCAGAAACAGGCAGAGGAGUCCCCAGGUUGGGAGCAGCCCCUUGGUGUGCAAGGUCCUGAUGCGUCUGAAGCGGUGGCCAAGAAAGUGUGUGGUGCUACUAGUCAAACCACAGGCUCGGUCUUUAUGAUUAAAGAUUGCAAAAACACAGAGCUUAAUGCUCAGGGUCAUGUUUUAUUACCUCUGGAACAUGCAAAUUCAGCUAGAAUGGAUGAACCUACAUCCACACCCAUUACAAGAGAAGGCCGAAAGCUUGCCUUACCGGAAUCUGUUCUGGAGGAAAAGGCACUUAUUUCAAACCCAAAGAUAGAUCCUAAAGACAAUGAAGAUAUUAAUCCAUGUGACAGCAAGUUCACAGUGAAAGGCUUGGGGAUGCUUUCUACUUUGUGUAACUUAUGCCUCGUUCAGGCAGAAAAUACUCUUCAAGGAACUGGUGAUGCUGCAUCAUCCUUAGAAGAUCUAGAGAAAGAAUCUCUGAUAGUGGAGAAAGCACACAAGGAGCAGAGAAGUCAUAAAAGUCUAAGAGAAGAGCAGGACCCCUGUAGUCCAUUUCAGGCUGGGAAAAGGAAGAAAGAUCUUUCUUCUGAUGACGAAGAUGGGGAAAGAUCUACACUGAUUUCAAAUGAAGCUACAUUAGUGAAAACCCAGUUAAGAAAAGAAAGGCUGUCAGAAGAACAGAGGUUUAGCACAGACUCUGAGAGAAAAUUGGAAAUCACACAUAUAGAUGAAAAAGCACUUUCUGAAAUCCCUUUGUCAGAAGUUAAGGGACAGGCACUUCGCCUUCUUUAUGAGAUCAAUCAGGUGGAUGGCAGUCAGUGUUUGAAGCAUUUGGACCAUAUUUCUCAUGAAGCUUCUGAUGAAGAACUAAUUUUAAAAACAUUUUCUGAAGGAUUAGCUUCCACUGAAUCAUCGUCCAAGUCAAACAACUUCUCUCUGAGAUGUGAAAGUGCCAAAUCAGACUCCUCACUCCCCGAAUUUCAGAAAGUGUCUGCAGUUUGGAUUGAUAUCUCAGAAAGCUCCAUUUCAGACUCUGAAUUAGAGCUGAAAAAUGGAGAGGACACAGAUGUCAGUAUCCCAGAAGAGUUUGUCCAUGACAACAGGGAUGCGUUUCCUAAUGUUUCAAAAGAGACGCUAAUAGCAAUAAGUAAUGGAAAGGAAACGUUACCUAGUGACAGACAUGAUGAACGUGAAGUGCCCAGAGAUGACAGUGCUGAGACUUCGUCACUCUCCCAGAAACACUCUGGAGAUGUUUCAGAUCAUGGCUGCACUGAUAACUUGCUUUCUUUCGUUCCAACAGACAAAGGAAAUGCCUCCAAAACAAAGUCAGCAGAUUCCUCCCACUCUGAUAACCUUGCCAAGGGAAUGGAUGAGCCACAUCUGGAUGCCUCAGAAAACUACAGUAGAAACAAAACCUGUUCUCAGGAGAUCACAAAACAGGGUAAAGAUGCAGUUGCCAGCUCUUCAUGCAGUGAUGAUAUUUACUCACCUAAGAUCUAUGAACAGCAGAAACCUAGUUCUACAACUAACAGAGUGACAAAGGAUGGUGGAAUUAACAGUUUAUAUGUGGAUCAAAAUAGAGACCUAAUGGGGCUUCCGCUGACAGGUUCUUUGAAACAUCUAGAUUUGGUUACUGACCAACUUAAGAACACUGUCUGUUUUCCACCUGACAAAGAUAUUACAAAUACCAAAUCAUUAGCAUGUCUGUCCUCAAGAAACUUAUCAGUUUCAGGAGGCAAGAAUAAUCAUGCACAGCUUUUGAAUGAGAGACUCACCUCCAGCAAACUCAGUAAGAUUGUAUCUCUGUCCACGUCCAUGCCAGGAAUUUCUGAGGGAGUCCAUACAGAAACAACUCAUUCAUUUGAGCCUUUGCAAAGGGUGGCCACAGGAAAUCAAAAUAAUUCAACAACUGAAAGGCAAGCCAUAAAGGAAGCAAGGAGGGGACUGUUUUCUUCGGUCUCCUCAAAAAAGCAAUUGUUUCAAGCUGAGAACUGUUCUUCCAAAGGUGAAGAUGAUACAAUUUUUAUUAGUGAUGAAGGUCUCCCUCCAACUGAUGAGGAUACCUUGUCAGAAAUACUGUCUCCUGUUGAUGAAGUAUUGUCCUAUGGAAGUGCUGACUUGCCAUCCUCUAAUAAAAAGGAUUUGUCAUUUCCAAGUGAAGAUCUUCCUCCUCCCCCUUUAGGUGCAGAUGCAAUGAAAAAUGAUGAUUCUACCUUCAGUAGGGAUGAUUUCCCAUCUCCACCAGAACAAAUGACAGUCUCAGAGACUAGACAGUGUAUGGAUGAAGAUAUAUCACUGAAAAUGGAUGCAUUACCCCCAUUACCUGAUAACACUGUGCCUGAAGAAUUUCCUCUGCUCAAUCGAGAGACAACUGAUGCUUUAUCAACUCAGGAUGGUAGUCUCUCGGAACAAACUUUAGUUAAAGGUAUUUCCAGUGCAAAGGAGGGCUUAUUAGAAUACCAACAAGGAGAACAUGAGACACCUUUGCAGCAUCUGGAGUUUCUGCCUGUGUCAAAUCCUAUUUCUUCUGGUCGGGCCAGUGAAAGAUCUGACUUCAUGAUGAAACAAUGCAAAAUGUACUUAACGCUGCCCAAAGCUGAGGAGGACGGUGAUGACCCAUUAUUAUCAUUUGAAAUUGGGGAGAGAGUGUUAGUAAAGCAGACCCAACCUGGAACCCUAAUGUUCAAAGGACGGACUUAUUUUGAUAGUGGCCAUUGGGCUGGUGUUGCACUUGACAAAGCUGAAGGUGAUCAUGCUGGAACUUACGAAGGGGUGAAGUAUUUUGAGUGUGCUCCGCACUGUGGUAUCUUUGUCAGACCUGAUGAGAUUUCACAUCUGUUGGGGACUAAUGAAAAUGGUUCCAAUUACACUGGGGAUGAAGACUCUGACUCCUCCUAUGAUGACAAAUCCUUCAAAGGAGACUGCAAAUACUCUGAAGAUGAUGAGCAGGGAGGAGGGUUUACAGAGCAGAAAGCAGAGGACACAAACAGUGCAGGAGGAUCAGAAGUGAAAGAAAACCAGUCUAGGUUACACAUUGCCUUGCUGUCUAGAAAAGGGCAAAAGCUUCCACGUUCUGACCAGUGCAAGUGUAAUGAAUUCCUCUGUCAAAAUAACUUCACAUGCUUGGGAUCAGAUAAAGAAAAAACAGAACUGAUGCAAAUAAAACAAAGGAUACUUGCAGAUGUGCUUCCCAUGGAAAGUAAGACUGGUAACACAGAUGAGGUAAACACAAGCAAAAAUAUUUGUUGCUUGGUAGAGGAUCAGAAAAGAAAUAAACUUGCUGAUGAUAUUGCAAGUGAACUCAGUAAAAAACUUCUCUUCGACACUUUAAUUGCAUUUUCUAAAACAGCUCAACACAAAUAUAAAAGUGCCUUUGAAAAAGACAUGAUGAAUUAUGGCAAAGGCCUAAGACAAGAAGACAAUCAGAAACUUUUUUUCCUCAAAGAAAAUUCUGUUGCUAUCUUAUCUGAACAAUCAGCAAAGUUUUCUAAUGUUUUACUGUGUGAUUUUGAUAUGCUUAGCAUUCAUGGUUGUCACACAGUAGCAGAAAGAAUUAUAACUAAAUUUGUAGAUGAUGCAGUUAAAGAAUAUAAGAAGAUUAAAAGAAAACACGGAUCAAAAGCAGACAAGAUAUUUCAUUCAUCUUCAGAGACUUCUCUAACCACUUUGCCAUUCCUUAUAAAAAUCCUUGAUGCUGGUGUUUUUGGAAGCUCUGAAGACUUUGAUCAGCCCAAUUCUGACGAACAUAUGGUGGUGAGACAAACACAAAAGCAAUACUUGUACAAGUUAGAUCAGUGGCACUCAGCUCCUUGGAAGAAAACUGUGGAAGUUCCUCUUGUGAUACCACAUUACAGUUCAUAUGUUAAGAAAUUGUCUGCAUAUGCUGUAGAAGAAUUAUGGACUCCAGAAAACAUAUAUUCCAACUUCACAAGAGUCAGUGUGCCAAAGCACUUUGAAUGUAAUGGUCUCCCAGGGAACGAUUUGGAAACAGAAAGCAAGAGGAUGUAUAAUCAGGUUAUAUUUGAUUUGACCUGUGAGUUGCUAUGUGCAGAAUACCAAGUGACUGCAAAUCCAAAUGCAUUUCCAUGGAUGAAAGAAAAUUUGGGAUCUUGCUGUUCCAGGCAUCUUUGCAGAAGAGCAGACGUCAGUGAGGUCAAGACGUUUGUUCAGGGUGAAAUUGUUAAAAUAAUGAACCUGGAAAAGAAUGACUUAGAAAUGAAAAGAAAAUUCCUUAAUAUGACCAAGUAUGGAAACUGUAAGAGAGACAGAGUGGACCUUAUUCUGAUUCAGGAGCUCCGCAAAGAAGAACCUCAGUGGACUUACUAUGAUGAUGAUGAAUUAACUGUGAAGAUGAGAAUGACUGAAGAAAUAUUUGAUAGCUUGAUUCUUGAUACAAUCAGAGUUCUUAAUAAGAUUUAUCUGAGAAAAGCCUGUGAUUAGAAGUUUUCCCUAAAAGGCCCUAAUGGAGGAAUUUUAAUCUCUGAUUUUUUAGGCAAGAAAUGCGUGAUUUAAGAAUUUUAAUUCUGAACUUGUACCCAAUACCAGUGUGGCCUUGGCCUAAUUUGUAUGUUCAUGUUUACAAUGAAAGCAUGCAAGCAGAGACUUAAGCAGACAGAAAAAAGUUACACAAAAUAUUCUCCUUGUGUUUUGUGCUUUGGGAAUGCUCAUUAAGCUUAAUGGUCUUCUUAGACUGAUAUCUAAAUCUAAAGGGUGGAAAUUUUAUUCUUGUCUGUUGUUUUUCUGGUGAAGAUAGCACUUUAUUCGCUUAGGCAUUUUUAAGAGCACAACGUGUUUUAAAAUUGUAUACAAGUCUAUACAAACAGGGUUCAAAACCAUUUUAUGUGUAAAUUCUCUUAUUCUUUGUUAUCAUGUUCAGGUUGUGAGUGAUGACAGGUGAAUCAUAUUUUGAAAAUAAGGUACAGAAAAUCAUAGGUGACUGUCUUAAGAACAUAAAUGUGCAGAUGGAAUUAAAUCUUCUAGAAACUGAAUUGCUGUGGACCUCUGUAGUUUAGACUAAGCUCCUCUAACUGGAGCAAGUCUAAAACUUUUCCUGAUGGGUACAGCAGAGUUAAAGGUGACAGUGCACCAUUUUUAUGUGCUGUGGAACUGGUUAAAAGUAGCCUGGAGGUGGCUUCAGAGAUGUGGCAUACGGAAUGAUUGUUCCCUGGCAGGAUCUAGAGCCAGACACUCAGUUUUAAUGUCUACAACUUUAUGUAAAUGAGACAAAUACUGAUGUAAUGCACUUUAAAUGGGAUACUUUUCUAUCAGUAGCUCCAGUUUCUGAAAACUAAAUAUGUGCAUGUGACUAGGUUAUUUAUCAUGCAAUUCACAUGAGCCCUUUGAAUUCUUACAACAUCUAAACAUAGGGUGCUGAGGAUGUACUUUAGUUGGCAAAACAGAGGAAAUCAAACCAAUAAUCCUAUUCUUUUGUAUUGGCAACAUUGGAAAAAUCAAGAUUUUAACAAGGAAAUACAAGCAUCCCCUGAGCAUGGUAAUUCUUCACUAUGUAUUUUGCAUUGAGAAGACCAAUGACAAAUUUUUAUUUGUUAGGUUUUUUAAAUAAAUACUGUGCAAAUAUUUCUUACUGGAACUCAGAAACUGUUCAUUAUUGAAUAAUUGAAUGUAAGUAGAUCAGAUUUAUUCAAAUCCCAUUCAUUCAGGGUGUCUUUCAAAUAAAAUGAAAAUCAGGACAAUUAAAUAUAAACUACAUAUAAACCUAUAUUUAAAAUCACGAUAUUUACAAUCUGGUUUUGGCGGGAAAAAUAGCAAUACAUUUUGUGUUUCUAUUUUUAAAUGCUGUUGGCUUAACUGUUUUCGUACUGAAUUGUUUGUUUUCUGAAUAAACAAAAUAA